AGUACUUGACUAAAGCACGGAAUAACGAGUACACAGAUGUACACGCUACUAGGUACCUACUAGGUAGGCAUUGAAAUACUGAAAUUUCUCUCUACACCGAUGGUAAUAAAUCCCCACCUCCCCCCUUUACACCUACGACCAACUCUUCCAACAUUUCUUUCUCCCCCAACUCCCUUUUGCGUGUUGGUCUACGACGGCCUAGCGGUUCAACUUGCCAAUUCAACUUUGACCGCCCGAAUUAGCCAUCAUACGAGACUAUUCAAGAGCUUGUCACCUAUAACUCGACUCAACUCGAGCUAGCUUCCUGAUAUAGUUGAGGCCGAUCUCGCCUACCUAGGUACGCUUACAACUGCGAAAUUAUCUCAACUACCUAACCAACCUUACCUUUCUCCUGGAUUUAUCGACGGCACAAACCUGUAAUUCUUUCACUUUGCCAUAGUCCUAGCUUUAGAUAGUCGAGGACGAAUGGUAAUAGUAUCCUUGACAGGCAUAUUAGAUUAUAGACCGAACGUAAUUACAAGUUGACCGUUGCCAAUGCCUUCGCGGUAGUGCUGUCAUGAUUGCCUCUACAUUUCUCCCCUCCCGCUUUCGCGGUGAGCAACCGAGCGAUACCCCCGUCUUACCAUCUAAGACAAACAAGAGAGUUACACCAAUACUCCAAUUUUUCUCCAAGAUAGCUUGUUUACACCCAAUACAUACCAUCGUCAUCGUUGCCUUGAUAGCGAGCACGACAUAUGUCGGUGUCGUCAAGGAAAGCCUUUUAGAUGUCACGAGAAUCGCGAGAAACACCGAUUGGUCUUCCUUAGUCGAGGGUAGUAGAAGCUUACGAACCGGUCCCGAGACUUCGUGGAGAUGGCAGAGCUACGAUGCCGAUUCAACCACUCUUAAAGACGCCGAACACCUAGCUCUGGUCACUCUGGUCUUUCCGGAGUCGUCCGAAGAUGCGCCUCAGACCGCGCCGCUGCCUCACAUCGUCCCGCUACCCCAGAACCUGUCCAUCUCGCAUCUGCCGUCCACCCCGAACCCGCUGACCGCCUAUUCCCAAGACAGCGCUCUCGCGUUUGCCGUAAAGUACAGCGAAGCCGCGGAAUUCCUCGCGGCCGCACAGGAGAUCCCUAACGAUGUGCCCGGACAAGAGUCGCGCGAGACCGAACUCGGCAAGCAAGAGCAGAAAAUGUGGAUCAUGAAGGUUGCCAAGGGCUACACCAGAAGCAGCGUCGUCAGAUGGGUUCACAAUGCCUGGAUCGAGUUCCUCGACUUGAUCAAGAACGCCGAGACCCUGGAUAUUAUCAUCAUGGUUCUUGGAUAUCUAUCUAUGCACCUCACCUUCGUGUCGCUCUUCCUGUCCAUGAGGAAGAUGGGAUCCAACGUCUGGCUCGCCAUUAGCGUGCUGUUCUCCUCUACCUUCGCUUUCCUAUUCGGCCUUAAUGUCACCACCAAACUCGGUGUUCCCGUCAGCAUGGUCCUGCUUUCCGAAGGCUUACCUUUUCUCGUCGUGACUAUCGGCUUCGAGAAGAACAUCGCCUUGACGCGAGCUGUCCUGUCUCACGCACUCGAGCACCGCAAGCCUGACGAAGACGAAAGGAAAGAAGGCAAGUCCAAGAAAUUCCUGGCCUCUGACAGCAUUAUCCAGUACGCCGUGCAGCGCGCAAUCAGGGAUAAGGGAUACGACAUCGUCCGAGACUACGUCAUAGAGAUUUUGAUACUUGUUGCAGGAGCCGCUUCUGGUGUGCAGGGUGGUCUGCAGCAAUUCUGCUUCUUGGCUGCCUGGAUCCUCUUCUUUGACUGCAUCUUGCUCUUUACCUUCUAUACUGCCAUCCUGUGUAUCAAGCUUGAGGUGAACCGUAUUCGUCGCCACGUCGAGAUGCGGAGAGCCUUGGAGGACGACGGCGUCAGUCGUCGUGUCGCAGAGAACGUCGCUAAGAGUAAUGACUGGCCUCGACAAGGCGGCAAGGGUUUGUCCGACGAGCCCCUCUUCGGCAAGGACCUCGAGAGCAGCAGCGUUCCCAAGUUCAAGUUCUGGAUGGUUGUCGGCUUCCUCGCCAUCAACGUCGCAAACAUCUGUACCAUCCCUUUUAGAACUUCUGACAUUUCCAGCAUCUCUUCCUGGGCUGGAGGGUUGGGAGGCGUAGUUAGCUCGCCGCCCCUGGAUCCUUUCAAGGUCGCUUCUAACGGACUCGACGAAAUCCUCUUCAACGCGAAGAGCCAUUCGGCGCCGACUAUCGUAACUAUCCUGACCCCUAUCAAGUACGAGCUGGAGUUCCCCUCAAUCCACUAUGCCGAACCGCCUCUAGGUUCCCUCGACGGGCAUUACGGCAAAGGCGGUAGCUAUUCGCAGCUGCACGGCUACGGCGUGGGAGGACGCAUGGUCGGCAGCCUCCUGACGAGUCUAGAGGAUCCUAUCCUAUCCAAGUGGAUCGUCGUCGCUCUAGCCAUGAGCGUCGCCCUCAACGGCUACCUCUUUAAUGUAGCUAGGUGGGGAAUCAGGGAUCCUAACCUGCCCGACCACCCCAUCGACCCCGAAGAGCUUGCCGAUGCCGAGAGAUUCAACGACACCCAGUCCGCCACCCUCCCUCUCGGAGAGAUUCAACCUAAGCAAGAGCCAAUCGUACCGGAUAGGCCGAUCACUCCUGCUUAUACCGACGACGAAAGUAGUCAGCCCGCCCCCGUCUCCCAGCCGUCAAAGGUGCCGACUGUACGGAGGAGCCAGGCCGAGCUCGAGAAGAUGCUGGCUGCGAAGCGAAUCCACGAAAUGUCUGACGAAGACGUCGUCUCCCUUUCUCUCAAAGGCAAGAUCCCCGGUUACGCUUUAGAGAAGAGCCUGAAAGACUGCACACGAGCUGUCAAAAUUCGUCGUAGCAUUAUCUCCCGAACCAAAGCAACUGCGGAUGUCACCGGCCUCCUCGAUCGAUCCAAGCUCCCAUAUGAAAACUACAACUGGGAACAGGUCCUCGGCGCCUGUUGCGAGAACGUCAUUGGUUAUAUGCCGAUCCCCGUCGGCGUGGCUGGACCGCUAGUCAUCGACGGCCAGAGCUAUUUCAUCCCCAUGGCCACUACCGAAGGUGUGCUUGUCGCUAGCACGAGCCGCGGCUGCAAGGCGAUCAACUCGGGCGGCGGUGCCGUCACGGUUUUGACCAGCGACGGGAUGACGCGUGGCCCUUGCGUACAAUUCGAGACUCUCGAACGUGCCGGCGCCGCAAAACUUUGGAUCGAUUCUGAAGUUGGUCAAUCUGUCAUGAAGAAGGCGUUCAACUCUACUUCGAGGUUUGCCCGGCUACAGACAAUGAAGACCGCGCUCGCGGGUACCAACCUCUACAUCCGGUUCAAGACGACCACGGGCGAUGCCAUGGGAAUGAACAUGAUUUCGAAGGGUGUCGAGCACGCGUUAAACGUUAUGGUUAGCGAGGGUGGCUUUGAGGAUAUGGUAAUCGUUUCGGUGUCUGGAAACUACUGUAUCGACAAGAAAGCAGCGGCUAUUAACUGGAUCGACGGCCGAGGCAAGGGCAUCGUUGCCGAAGCCAUCAUCCCCGGUGACGUGGUGAAGGCGGUUCUUAAGACCGACGUCGAUAGCCUCGUCGAGCUCAACACGGCUAAGAAUUUUAUCGGAUCCGCCAUGGCUGCCUCUAUCGGAGGAUUUAACGCCCACGCAGCCAAUAUCGUCGCCGCCGUCUUCCUCGCCACCGGACAAGACCCGGCCCAAGUUGUGGAGAGUGCUAACUGUAUCACCAUCAUGAAGAACCUACGCGGGUCAUUGCAAAUAUCUGUAUCUAUGCCGUCUAUUGAAGUUGGUACGCUCGGCGGCGGCACUAUCCUAGAACCCCAGGCUGCCAUGCUCGAUAUGCUGGGCGUCAGAGGUUCCCACCCAACUAACCCUGGCGAUAACGCGCGUCGCCUUGCCCGCAUCGUCGGAGCGUCGGUCCUUGCCGGAGAAUUGUCCCUCUGCAGCGCCCUUGCCGCCGGCCAUCUAGUCAGGGCUCACAUGGCACACAAUCGCUCCGCACCUCCAACCCGCAGCACCACGCCGGCUCCUAUGACACCGGUCGGAUUAUCAAUGACGGCCAAGAGCGCCGCCGCCGUCGACCGAGCAGCCGCGUCAAAACGAUAAACUAUUUCAUAUAUUUCUUCGUUUCUGUGUGUGACUUAACUUUUGGGGUUACAACAUCCGAUGAUGACUCGUUCUGUUUAGAAGAUAAUGAUACAUUGUGAUAGGCGUUCGAUGGGUUCGCGUUCGGGUUUUGUUCCGCGCGAAAGUUGCAAAGACCACUAGGCAGGUAUUUUGCAAGAGGUGUCGAGGGAAGUCGGUUGGGAAUUCGUCACGUUAUGCACAGUUUCUGUUCAUCCCAUUCUUGAGAGACGAAUAAGAGCAUGUUAAGCAGUAUAAGCAUAGGCAAGCGAUUGCGGGCGUAGAAUAACUUUAGUAGAAAGGUGCUUCUUCAUAGAUUCCCGAAAAAAAGAAACAUGGAGUUCGUAUACAGCUGCUAGCGACACUCGGCCGUCAGGGGUUUUUGCUGGGAUGGGAGUAUCGGUAGAAUACCCUUGGGCUAACUGUCGCUUAGUAUAGAUAAUAAAGUCAUUGAUAAACAACU